UAAAUAUCACGAUUCAGAUGAUAAUAAUCAUACAGAAUAUCAACAAAUUGAUUAUUAUUGGAACAAGACAUUAUCAUUGACAACUAGUUUUGGAUUACCGAAGUAUCCAACAUUGUCUAAAGUCGUUAAAAAUAUUUUCAUUAUAUCGCAUGGAAAUUCGGACGUUGAGCGUGGCUUUAGUAUUAAUGAACAUAUUGUUACAGAAAACAGAACAUUGUUGUCAUUAUCUUCUAUUAAUGGCCUUCGUUCAACAUGGGAUGCAAUAAAAUUUUAUGGUGUAGGUUCGCCACAUCGAGUACCCAUUAAGAUUGAUAUGAUUCGUGCUGUACAAAAAUCGAAAUCGGUUUAUAAUCAAGAACAAUUAUCAUUGAAAUCUCUUGCUGAUCGUGAGAAAGAACAAAGUGAAAAACAUCAGCGUACCAAUGAAGAAAUGAAAAAAUUAAUCGAUCGAGAAAAUCAGUUGUUGUCGAAGCAAAAGGGUUUACACGAUAAACAAAAGAAAGCACAAUUGUUGGUGGAUGAAGGUCGACAACGGCUUGAUAAUGCUUUGAAAAAAGCGGAUAUUAUUGAUGCACAAGCUGCAAAUGCGUUGAUUGGAGCUGGUGAUGAACAAGUUAAAUUAAUUUCAGAUAAACUUUUCAAAAUAACCGACGAAUUAUUGAAAAUUCAAAGUAAAAGAAAAAAUGUUCUUUCUCACGUACAAAACAAAAAGCAAAAGAUGACAGCAACAAGCGAGUGA